AUGCCUGCCUUCAGAAUCAUCGAGGUCCGCAAAGCGACGAUAAUUUUCGUGAUUGUUGCUUUUGCUCUCAUCGCAGCCUGGACGUCUCUCGGUGGUGCGGUUCGAUCCAAGUUACCCAAGAUGAGUAGCUUGAAGCAUUUCUCGUAUGAUUUCGAAGUCGUUCCUGGUGUAUUUCUGCAGGAUGAUCCCUCUACUGAGUGGUCGGGUUUCAAUCCUGCUCAACACAACUUUGGCUUGAUAGAUCGUACAUAUGAUUCCGAUGACGAUGGGAUGUCGAAUCUGAGUGCCUGGCAACGCUUUGAUAAAUUUGUCCAGUCUCUCGUCGCUGCUGCCUCAGACGGCGUCUCGUACAAGGUCUUGUACAUGGGCCGCCACGGCCAAGGCUUCCACAACGUUGCCGAAUCAUCUUAUGGCACCAAAGCCUGGAACGACUACUGGUCGAAGUUAGAAGGCAAUGGGACAGUGAUAUGGGCAGAUGCUCAUCUCACCGAGGUCGGCGAGGAACAGGUGCUUCAAGCGCAUGAGUUCAUCGCGUCGCAGCUUUCGGACAAGAUGAUGCCAGCGCCGGAAGCCUAUUAUGUCAGUCCUUUGUAUCGAUGCCUGCAGACAGCAAACCUCACAUAUGCCGGCUUGCAACUUCCGGUCGACAGACCGUUCAAGCCUAUCAUCAAAGAGCUCCUGCGCGAGGACCUUGGGGAGCACACUUGUGACCGCAGGAGCAGCCGAACAGUCAUCCACCGUGCUUUUCCGGAAUGGCGAUUCGAAUCUGGAUUCAGUGAGCACGAUUUGCUCUGGCGUGCUGACUAUCGCGAGACGGAUGAGGAACACGACGUUCGGACACGAGCAUUUAUGAACGAGCUUUUCAGCAACGAUCGAAGCACGUACAUAUCCCUGACAAGUCAUUCCGGAGCAAUUGCAAGCAAGCUCCGAGUGCUUGGCCAUCGUGUAUUCACGCUACCCACUGGCGGAAUGAUCCCUGUUCUGGUGAAGGCGACCCGCAGAGAGGCAUCAUAG